AUGCUUUGGUAUAGGAUACUUUUUAUAAUAGCGAAUUUUUUAACCUUGGUAUCUUCAUUAUCAAUUGAAUCAUUAUAUCUUGAUUUAAUUCAUCGAAAUCUUAGUGAUUAUACAUCAUUAAAUAAUUUUUAUAGAAGUAUUUUACAAGAUGUAAGACAUCAUCGAUUAAUUGAUACUGUUCAAUCACCGAUUAAUGUAUCAAGAAUUAAAUCGGGUAAUUAUGAUGAAGAAUAUUUAAAACAUUCGUGUUAUGAAUCAGCAUCUGAUUUACUUUCUGCUCAUGGUUAUUAUAAUAAAACAGAUAUAAAAUUAAAUAGAGAAGAUAUUAAAGCACUUCUUCCAGCUAUUUUAUAUAGUAUUGAAAAUCCAGGUUGUGCACGUAAAUCAAUUUCAACUACACCAUAUUCACUUUUUAAUUUAUGGAUAUUUGGUGUUAUAAUUAUUAUCUGUAUAAAAGCAGUUCAUCUAUUAAUAUUUUCGAUUAGUGGUGAUCAUUGUUCAUCGUUAACAUCAAGUAAUAUUUCAAAAGCUACAACAACAACAGAUCAAAAUGAUAUUCCGCAAAUUCCGGUCGUAAAUAUCCGUCCACCAUCAGUGAAAUAUCGUCUUUGGUUAGGUCUUGGUUUAAAUUCAUUUACAUGUGGUCUUAUGCUUGGAACAAUUAUCUAUCAUUUAAUUCCUCAUAUCUAUGAAGUACCUAAUGAAAGUUUUGAUUAUGUUUAUCUUCUUCGUGCUACUGUUGUUUUCUUUGGUAUUUAUUUGUUUUUUAUUGUCGAAAAACUUCUUCGAUUUCGAUUUAAAAUUGAUGAAGUUCCAUCAAAUGAAACAGAUAAUGAUGGAGAAGAAUUAAGAAAAUUAUCCGAUACAUCAAUGAUGCAAAUGGCAAGAAUGCAUGGUACAAUACAUGCUACUGAAGAUGCUGAACAUCCUCUUAAUCAUUCAAAUCCUCCAGCAAGAAUCCCGUUACAUGCUGAAAGUGAUGAUGAGAUAGAUUUACAAAUAAAUCAAGUUCCUAUUAAUAAUAAUCAACAAAAUUUAGUACAUGAACAUAAUCAUAAACAUGAUUUACCUCAUCAAACACGUAAUCUCAUACUAUAUCAUGUUAUCAAUGAUUUUUCUAAUGAUCUUAUCUAUGGUUGUGGUUUAGCAACAGCUUUAGCACAUGAUUAUCUUAUUGGUUCUGUUUUGAGUCUUGUAAUUUUUAGCGAAGGAUUUCGACGUUAUUCACAAACUAUUUCAUCUAUGGGUCGUCAACGUGGUCUUUUUCUUUUAUUGGUAUCCAUUUUUUUUCUUCUAUUUGGUUAUGUAAUUGGUGGAUUUUUAAUCGAGGCUGGUCGACAAUCUAAAGAUAGUCUAUGGUAUAUUCGUACUGAAUAUAUUUAUUCAAUUGUCUAUGGUGCACUUUUUUAUACAGCACUUGUAACCUUGAUUCCUGAAUUGAAUGACUUUGGUCAUCAUUUACAAAUCAAUCUUAAACAAGUCAAUCAAACAACAAAACAACGUCGUUUAAUAAAAACACUUAUACUUAUAUGUCAAAAUCUUUUUCUUAUUAUCGGUGUUAUUAUUGCUUUAGUAUUAGCAUCAAUGUGGCGUUAUUAUCAUCGUAUACAUAUCUAUGAUUAUGUUUGUAAUCGUGAUUCAUUUCGAAUGAAGAUUUAUUAUCUAGUCAUCAUUAUCAUAUUAAUUGAUUCAUCUUUAGUAUUAGCAAUUAAUAUUGAUUUAAAUAAUUUUGAAGGAAAUAAUCUUUAUUCACAUAUUAAUACACAAAAUAAUUUGGAAUUAUUCUAUCAAAAACUUCUUCAAUCAAAUAAUAUAGAUGAUCUGAAAUUUAUACGAAAUCCUAUUAAUGAAAAUGAUAUUCAAGAUCUGAAUAUAGAGCAUAAAUGUUUUAAAUCAAUUAAUGAUCUGCUUAAUGCCUUCAAUAUUCAUCCAACUACUCCUAAUGAUAGUCUAACUCCUGUUGAUGUUCAACGAUUAUUACCUGUAUUAGUUAAUGUUAAAUUAAAUGAUGGCUGUACUAAAUCAGAAGGACAUGCAACAUGGAAAAAUAUUUUAAUUGGAUUUUUAACUGUUACUUUUAUAAAUUGCUCAGCAUUAGGUGGUGCUAUCAUUUUACCAUUUCGAAAUAAGCCCGCAUUUAAAUGGAUUCUCAGCGUUUUUAUUGGUUUAGCCGUAGGCACAUUAACAGGAUCUGGUAUAUUUCAUUUGAUUCCUAUGGCGUUUGAUAUUCCAAGCCUAGAUACUUAUCAUAGUUAUCUCAAUAAAGCUCUAGUAACAAUGAUUACAAUCUAUUUAUUCUAUAUACGUGAUCAACUUUCAAGAAUAUUUCUAAAUAUUGAAACAAUUGUAUGUACACAUAGUCAUGGUGAUGAUCAAAGUUCUAUAGCAGCAAGUGGUUUAAUUGAUUCUAUUUCUUCAACUGAUCGAAAAUUAUCUUCAAGAAAUUCUAAAUUAAUCUUUGAAAAUAAACAUCUAAAUAGUUUAGUACAAAAUUUAAAAGCAAUGAAAGCAGCUGGAUGGAUGAUUUUUCUUGGAGAUAUGUUACAUAAUUUUAUUGAUGGUUUAACAUUAGGUGCUGCUUUUAUGGUAUCUAUUGGUGAAGGACUUCGAAUGUCUCUACCGAUUAUAUGUGAAGAAUUUCCACAUGAACUUGGUGAUAUUGCUGUUUUGCUUAGUAGUGGAUUAAGUAUUGGACAAGCAUUAGUAGUCAAUUUUUUAGCUGCUUGUAGUUGUUAUCUUGGAUUUUUUAUUGGUGCAAAAUUAGGAGAAUUAGAAGAAUUUCAUGGGUGGAUAUAUGCUCUAGCUGGUGGAAUGUUUGUUUACAUUGGACUAGCAGAUAUGAUUCCCGAGCUUGUUUCAAUGGGUGAUGAAGUAGAAAAAGAUUUUAUGAAUUCACAAAAACCAAUAACCAUUUAUUUAAAACUUAAAAUAUUAUUUUAUCAAAACAGUGGUGUUAUUCUUGGUAUUGCUAUUAUGUUUUUAUUAGCAAAAUAUGGUACACAUCUAGAAAAUCUAGUUCAAUUAUAG